AGAGGUUGUGCAAGUUCUGCACUAAAUGGGGGGCCCGGCGCUAUAAAGGUUCUGGCAAGUUGCCGGUCCCUGACAUUGAUUUCACUGGAUCUGUCCCACUUCAGUACGAGCCAGAACGGUGGCAGCCGCAACCAUGAACCCACAGCAGAUGGAGCAGAUGGGGCAGUUCAGGAUAACUGUCUGGGAGGAGGAGAACUUCCAGGGCAAGCGCUGCGAGUUCAUACUGGAGUGUCAGAACAUCAUGGAGAGGGGCUUCCGAAAGAUACGCUCCAUCAAGGUGGAGAACGGCCCUUGGGUGGGGUAUGAGUAUCCUGAAUUCCAGGGACAACAGUUUAUGUUGGAGAAGGGAGACUAUCCUUGCUUUGAGGCCUGGAGUGGGAACAGCGGCUACAGAACUGAGCACUUACUCUCCUUCAGACCCGUCAAAUGUGCUAAACACAGUGACAGUAAGGUGACUUUAUAUGAGUGCCAAGACUUCCAGGGACGAAAGUUUGAAAUGUGCGAUGACUACCCCUCCUUGCAGGCUAUGGGCUGGUGUAACAAAGAAGUUCCUUCAAUAAAAAUCAAUUCAGGAGCCUGGGUGGCCUAUCAGUUCCCCGGUUACCGUGGAUACCAGUAUAUCCUGGAAAGAGACAGACACCAAGGGGAGUACAGAAACUACAUGGAGUACAGCACGCAGGCUCACACCAAUCAGGUCCAGUCUAUUCGCAGGAUUCAACACUAAGUCCACCUCAUAUUUUCCAUCAGGGCAAUCAUGUACCUAUCAUGGUAUGACUUGUAUUAAACUAGGCAAUAAAGGCUUGAUUCAAAAUAUGGAA